AAGACUGGGACACUUUCAUGAAAAGCAGCACCAAUGGUUUACUGCUACUUACCAAUAUGGACAUUUUCAGGAUAGUCUGCAUUUUAAUCUGCUUUGGAAGAAGCUGGGGACAGGAACAGACAUACAUCAUUUCAGCAGCAAAAGUAUUGCAUGUUGGAGCGUCUGAAAAUGUUGUAAUUCAAGCUUAUGGAUACGCAGAAGCAUUUGAUGUUACCGUCUCCAUUAAAAGCUUUCCAGAUAAACGAUUUACUUACUCUUCUGCCAAAGUGAAUUUAUCCCCAGAAAAUAAGUUCCAGAACUCUGCAUCCUUAAUCAUUCAGCCAAGAGAUUUAUCUGAAAGAGGAAGUCAAGUUUCCUAUGUAUAUUUAGAAGCUGUAUCUCCCCACUUUACAAGAGAGAAAAAAAUACCCUUAAACUAUGAAAAUGGAUUUCUUUUCAUUCAGACGGACAAGCCUGUUUAUACUCCUGAUCAGUCAGUAAAGAUAAGAGUUUAUUCCUUGAAUGAAGAAUUGAAGCCAGCUCGGAGAGAGACCAUCUUAACUUUUAUAGAUCCAGAAGGAGAAGAAGUUGAAAUGCUUCAAGAAAAGGAUUUUGUUGGCAUUGUUUCUUUUCCUGACUUCAAGAUUCCAUCAAAUCCAAAAUAUGGAGUGUGGACAAUUAAAGCCAAAUACAAAGAAGAUUUCACAACAUCAGGCCUUACACAUUUUGAGAUUAAGGAAUAUGUGCUGCCACACUUCUCUGUAUCAAUAGAACCAGAAAAUAACUUCAUUAGUUAUAAGGAUUUUGAAGACUUCAGGAUUACUAUAAAAGCUAGCUAUUUUUAUAAUAAGAAGGUCUCCGAGGGAGAUGUUUAUAUCUAUUUUGGAAUAAAAGAAAGUUUACAAGAAGAUAGGAAACAAAUGAUGCAUAAAGCAAUGCAGCAGACACAGAUGAUAAAUGGAAUCGCAGAAGUCACAUUUAACAGUAAAAAGUCAAUAGAAGAAUUAUCAUAUCAAAGCCUGGAAGACUUAAAUAAUAAAUAUCUUUAUGUGGCUGUCACAGUCCUAGAGGCAACGGGUGGAUUUUAUGAAGAAGCUGAAGUACCUGGAAUUAAAUAUGUCCUGUCUCCCUACCAAUUGAAUUUGAUUGCUACUCCUCUUUUCUUGAAGCCUGGGAUACCAUUUCCCAUCAAGGUUCAGGUGAAGGAUCCACUCGACCAGUUUGUAGGAGGGGUGGCGCUAACCCUGAAUGCAAAAGCAAUUAAUGAAAAUCAGGAAGAGACCCAAAGAGAGCCCCAGAAAAGUACCACCCAUGAAAAUAAUGGAGUAGCUUUGUUUGUGGUUAAUCUUCCAUCUCAUGUGACAGCGCUGGAGUUUAACGUCAGAACUGAAGACCCUCAUCUUGCAGAAGAAAACCAAGCUUUCAAAGAAUAUAGAGCAGUAGCAUAUUCAUCCCUUAGCAAAAGUUACCUUUAUAUUGACUGGACAGAAAAUUUCAAACCUUUACUUGUGGGAGAUCACUUAAGCAUUACUGUUAAACCUAAAAGUCCAUUUAUUGACAAAAUAGCUUUCUAUAAUUACUUGGUUUUAUCCAAGGGCAAAAUAGUUACGUUUGGGACCAGAGACAGGCUUGAACAUUUAACUUAUCAAAGUCUCAACAUUCCAGUAACUCAGGACAUGGUUCCUUCAGCCCGACUUCUGGUCUAUUAUCUUGUGACAGGAGAAAACAGGGCAGAAUUAGUAGCAGAUUCAGUCUGGUUAGAUGUGGAAGAAAAAUGUGGCAAUAACCUUCAGGUUCAGUUGUCAAGAAAUGAAAAUGUAUUUACUCCUGGACAAAUCCCCUCUGUUAAUUUGGUAACCCAGGAGAAUUCCUGGGUUGCUUUAUCAGUUAUGGACAUGGCUAUCUAUGGAGUCAAAGGAAAACUCAAGAAUCCUAAUGAUAUGAAAAGAGUAAUGCGAUUUUUUGAAAAAAGUGACCUGGGGUGUGGUGCUGGUGGAGGUCAGGACAGUGCAGAUGUGUUUCACUUAGCAGGACUUACAUUUCUCACCAACGCUAAUACAAAAGAUUCACAAGAAAAUGAUGAGCCUUGUAAGGAAAUACUCAGACCAAGGAGAAAUAUAAAAGAGGAAAUUGAUAAAAAAGCUGCUAAGUACAAACACAAACGUGUUCGGGACUGCUGCUAUGAUGGUGCCCAAAAAAGCUAUGAGACCUGUGAACAACGGCUUGCCAGAGUUAAAGAGGGACACUUUUGCACUGAAGCAUUCAAGAGUUGCUGUCUUUUGGCAUUACAAAUACGUUCCGAAUACAGUCAUAAAAAUACAUUUCUGGGAAGAAUGUAUAUUAAGGCUCUGAUGGAGAUUGGCAAACCAGAAAUUCGAAGUUAUUUUCCUGAAAGUUGGUUAUGGGAAGUGUACAAUGUUCAUUUAAGGUACAAGUUUCCAUUGACCCUACCUGAUUCUCUAACUACUUGGGAGAUUCAAGCAAUUGGCAUUUCAGACAAAGGUAUAUGUGUUGCUGACCCACUCCACAUAAAAGUCUUGAAAGACAUCUUCUUGGAGAUGCAUAUUCCCUACUCUGUGGUGAGAGGGGAACAGAUUCAAAUGAAGGGAACAGUUUACAACUACAAAAGUUCUGAAAUGAGGUUCUGUGUUCAAAUGUCUGUGGGUGAAGGAAUCUGUCUGGAUGGAAGUUCCUCAUCACAUCAGCAGGGGAUAAAGCAAACUCAGUGUGUUCUGAAGAAUAUAGAGGGUUCUUCUAUCCAGUCAGUUAUGUUUAAUAUUCUACCAUUAGAAUUGGGUCUUCAUAGUAUUAACUUCACACUCAAUUGUCUACAUGGAAAAGAAAUCUUGGUGAAAACCUUACGUGUGGUGCCAGAAGGUAUCAAAAGGGAAACUCAUGCUGGUUUCACACUGGAUCCCCAAGGUGUAUAUGGUUCCAUUAGCAGACGAAAAGAGUUCCAGUACAGGGUACCAUUAGAUAUAGUGCCGAAAACAAAAAUAGAACGGACUGUGAGUGUAAAAGGAACUCUUAUUGGUGAGGUGAUUUCUACAGUCCUGACUCCUGAAGGCAUCUCUACUUUAAGCCAUCUCCCAAAGGGUAGUGCAGAAGCAGAGUUAAUGAGCAUCAUUCCUGUAUUCUAUGUCUAUCAUUACCUGGAAGAUGGAGACAAUUGGAACAUCAUUGGUGCCAGCCAUGUAACUGAAAAAGAGAAUAUGAAGAAGAAAAUGAAAGAAGGAAUUGUAAGUAUCCUGUCUUACAGAAAUGCAGAUUAUGCUUAUAGCAUGUGGAAGGGUAGGGAUGCCACCACUUGGUUUACAGCUCUUGCCUUAAGAAUAUUUGGACAAGUAAAUAAAUAUAUUCCACAGGAUAGAAAUUCAAUUUGCAAUUCAUUAUUGUGGCUGAUUGAGAAAUGUCAGUUGGAAGAUGGAUCUUUCAAAGAUGAGUCUGAAUAUCAACCACUAAAAUUACAGGGUACCAUACCUAAAGACACAAAAGAAAAAGCUAUAUAUCUUACAGCCUUUACUCUUAUUGGAAUGAGAAAGUCACUGGAAAUAUGUCCAACUGAGAAAAUCAAUGAAGCGGUCACCAAGGCUCAGUCCUACCUCUUGGAGCAUGCUUCAGAUGCCCAGAGCACUUUUACUUUGGCCAUCACUUCUUAUGCCUUGGCCCUUGGUAUUCCGUCUCACCCUGGUUUUCGUGCUAUCUAUUCAAAGCUGAAAAGAGAAAGCUUUCCAAAGGGGCAACCCACCCAUUUAUCGUUUUGGAAACGUGAUUUAAAAAUAAAGAUGCCACUAUGCCCUAGUGUUUCCUACAGCCAGAUGGUAGAAACCACUGCAUAUGCUUUACUUUGCAGUCUACUCUUGAAUGACCUAAGUUACGCUAACCCCAUUAUCAAAUGGUUGUCUGAAGAACAAAGAUAUGGAGGCGGGUUUUAUUCCACCCAGGAUACAAUUAAUGCCAUCGAGGCCCUGACUGAGUAUUCCCUCCUGCUUAAGAAACUUCAACUGAAUAUGGACAUCAAGGUUUCUUACAAACACAAAGGUGACCUCCUCAAGCACAAAAUGACCGAUCAGAAUUCCAGUGGAGACCAAGGAGGUAACUCAAAAAAAGUAGUGAGAAAUAAAAUCUUAAAUCCUAAGCACUGAUUUAGUAAUGGCUUAGCCACCGUACAUGUAAGGACUGUAGUUCAUAAAUUGGUACUUCUGAAGAGAAACUGUAACUUUGAGUUGAGAAUUGAAACCCAGGAUAUGGAAGCUGACAACUAUGGAAGAUCUAGUGAAUCAGGAGAUAAACUCAUAAUAGCAUGUGCCAGCUACAAGGCUAACCAGGGAGAAUCAUCACCUGGUUCUUCCCAUGUUGUGAUGGAUAUAGCUUUGCCUACUGGGAUUGGUGCAAAUACAGAAGACUUAUCUGCGGUAAAUAAUGGGGUUGAUCGACUAUUAACAAAUUAUGAAAUCAAAGGGCAUGUAAUUCUGCAGCUGAAUUCAAUUCCUUCUGAUGAGUUCCUAUGUGUUCGAUUCCGGAUCUUUGAACUUUUUUGGGUUGGACUCCGUAGUCCUGCAACAUUCUCAGUAUAUGAAUUCCACAGACCAGAUAAACAGUGCACCAUAUUUUAUAGCUUUCUACAGAGUAAACUGGUAAAAGUAUGUGAAGGAUCAACCUGCAGUUGUGUGGAAGCGGAUUGCGGGCAAAUGAAGAAAAAGUUAGACUUAACAAUCUCUGCAGAUGCCAGAAAGGAGGCAGCCUGCCAAGAAGACAUCGCAUAUGCUUAUAAAGUCAAGAUUUCAUCCAUCACUCAAGAAAAUAGUUUUGUCAAGUACACUGCAACCCUUCUAGAUGUCUACAAGACUGGGAAAGCUCUUGCUCAGAAAAAUGCUGAAGUCAUCUUCAUUAAGAAGAACACAUGUACCAAUAUUGACAUUGAAAAUGAGAGUCAGUACUUGAUCAUGGGAAAGGAAGCACUUCAGAUAAAACUCAAUUUCAGUUUCAAAUACGUGUAUCCUCUGGACUCCCUGACCUGGAUUGAGUAUUGGCCUUCAGAUGAAACUUGUCCAUCAUGUAAUGACUUUAUAGCUAAUUUAGAAGAAUUUUCUGAAGGCAUCUUUUUAUAUGGUUGUUAAAACACUUGAGCAAAUCCAGCUCUGUGUGAUAUCUACAUUGGAUGCUGCAAGAAAAUUAACCUGGGCAGAAGGAGGACCUGAAAUUCGUAACUGAAACUAGAGGAUGCUCUUUAUUUUCUCUCUAAUUGGCCCAAACCCCAGGGCUGUUAUCAGAGGCUUGGGAGAGAGGGGAGAGCAAAGGGAGGCAGAGUAUCUUUCCCACAACCACUAGUUCCUAUGUGUAAACCUGAGCAGGCCAGAAGCCUUUUCCCAUCCAGAGCUGAGACCUUUCCUGCUUGGAUUUGUUACUUUCCAGGCCUCCAUAAAACUGUGUAUAGUUUCAUUUUUUUGAGUCAUUUUUCCUGGGCUCUUUAGCAUUCAAACCUAGACUAACUUGGAAAGCCCCCUUCACUUCUAUUCUGUGGUACUUGCUUUGAUAAGAUAAUGAUUUUAAGAGCUGUAACUAUCUACAAUAACAUGGCCUUGGGGGACAAUGUAGAAAAAUACACCCGAGUCAUUGGAAACCAGAAGCAACGAAUUGGAACCCCUCCUAAAAUAAACCGCCCAGGAAUGCUUCAUUGGGCCAAAAUAACAGAUCCAUUGAAAUGUAGUAUCUUACCCAAACAUGCCCACUCCUUAGAGGAAAAUACAGGGAAAGAGAAAAGUGAUCAUUAAAAACUGUUCUUGGCAUUUAAA